AUGGGGUCGACAGUAAUGCUUCUAACAUCAUUAUGGACAAGCAUCACGCUACUGUUGCUUCAGACGUCGAUCGUUCACACAGCAGCCGUGCCGGUAGUGUGUCAAGGGACAAACUACGGUCUUUUGACUGAUCUCCACGGGUUGACUCCCGACGAGCGGAUUACGCGUCUACAGACGCGCUACUCUGGUUGUGAACUGGUCGUUGGCAACGUCGAGAUUGUUGGCUUAUCGAGCAACGCCGACCUGAGAUUUUUUAAGGACGUUUCUGAAAUAACAGGAUACUUGCUAGUUUAUGAAACGCAGUUGGUGACCGUCUCUCUGCCGAGUUUGAUGUUGAUUAGAGGCAUGCAGCGGUUUAGAGACUUGGAGACUCUGAAGGAUGCUGGUCUUGCCGUUUUGAACAAUUCACAACUGCUGGAGCUUCAUAUGCCGCAGUUCACGGAAAUAUCGUGGGGUGUAGUGCUGUUUAGGAACAAUCCUAGUAUCUGUUAUAUUGACACGAUCAGAUGGGAUGACAUUUUGGAGUCUUCUCUUAAUGAAAGCCUAGGAUUCAACGUCACAGCUGCUUGCAGUGAUCAUGUUCCAUUAGGUGAUGCAUGCAAUAUAAGCUGUAAUGGACGCUGCUGGGGACGUGAUUCUGAGUCGUGUCAAAAGCCAUUGUCAAAGGUUGUCUGCCCAAAGUGUACACACCUAAAAAAAUCAAGUGGACGGACUCGGUCGAUUCGGUGUUUUAAUCAAUCAGAAGAUGACUGCUGUAAUACAGAGUGUACUGCGGGUUGCUUGUUAAAUAAGAGUCCAAGAGCAUGUCAGUUUUGUCAGAAUUUUGUUGAUGUAACUGAUGUCAGCCCUCACGGAAUUUGCCGAGAAACAGAUUGCCAAGCUGGGACAGUUGAAUUGUCACAAUUUUCGUUAUGCAAUUCAAGCUGCAAUAGUCCUUUGAUACGAUCAUCAACUGUUGGUGGUGGAAUUGAUAUCUGUAGUGUGUCUUGUCCUUGUGACAAAGUGGGGAGCGACUGCAAUUUUCGUGAAUAUGACGAGGUGAAAGGAGAGUGUGUGGCAGUGUCUCCUCCUGUGAGAGUGUGUCCAGGUGUUGAGACUGAUGGACCUAUUUUACACAAAGGCAACAUUGAUAGAUUUGUUGACUGUGCAGUUGUACAGGGCAGCAUUUACAUCGAUGAGAUUUCGUUGACAGGCGAUUUGUCUACUGGGAUUAUGCCAUUGAGUGUAGCUGAUCUGAUGAAACUCUCUACUAUUACUGAGAUUGAAGGCUACUUAGCUAUAACCAGCAUUACACACUCAAAUUUUAGUAGCCUUUCGUUUCUUCCAAAUCUUCGAGCAAUACGAGGACGAUUUAGUCUAUUUGCUGGCAGAUAUGCUGUCUACAUUGUUGGCAAUUCUCACUUACGUUUUUUUCGGACGACUAACUUGGAGCGAGUUGAUAGAGGUGACAUCAGGAUUACAGACAAUGAAGAGUUGUGUUACGUAGACUCAGUCAACUGGACUUUGAUUGCUCAAGAACCACUGACGUCUGAUCCGAGUGGCAUUGAAGUAAAAAACAACCAAAACAGGACUAUUUGUGUACAACGAGGCGACGUUUGUGAUGUUGAGUGCAAUGGAUGUUGGUUUACGGGGCCUGAAAACUGUGCAAGUUGUAACAACCACGAGUUCCAGGGAAUCUGUGUUGCAGAGUGCAACUUGCAGUCAGAUGGAACUUGUGGAGCAUGUCUUGAUGUUUGUACUCGAUUUUGCAAUGGCCCUACGGGAUUCGAUUGCAGAAGUGACGGUCCACAUGGCUCGGAAUGCAAGUAUCUAAUUGAAGGGCAACAGUGUGUUCAGACAUGCUCAGUUGGAACAUAUGAAUUUGCUUCAAAUCACAGCUGCUUACCAUGUCCAAGCGUAUGCCACAUCGAUCCAAACCCAGCAGCUGGAUCUCCCAUUGGUUGCUCUGGUCCCUAUCCAUUUCAGAGGUCCGGAGGAUGUGAGCGAUGUGAGAAGAUUGGAAACGUUGCAACAAAAGAGUGCAUACACGAAGACGAUGUGUGUUCAAAUGGAACUUACGAUGGAACUGAGCCGUUUCGCUCUGGUGGUUCUGUCCCAGCUUGUGUGCCGUGUACAACCCUUUGUUCAUUAUGUACAGGUGCAGGUCUAUCAGAUAGUACAUGUCAGUUGUGCACGAGACGUUUCCAAGAGGGCGAGUGUGUUGACAAAUGCAGUAGCACACAUUAUGAUGACCCAGAUGGGUACUUGUGCCAACGGUGUCAUCCUGAGUGCCUGGGCUGUAGCGGACCACUGGCAACUGAUUGUGGAAGGUGUAAGAACAGACAGAUUAGAUUGAUAAAAACAGUUACGGUCUCUUCAACAACAGGAGUAGGAACGACCCGGCAACCAGCGACACUUACCAAAAGUACAACAGCUGUUCUAUCUAAUUCAUCACUCUCAUUGCAAGUCAAUGUGACAGAAGCGAAUGCCACGAGUUGUGUGGGAGUGAAUUGCUCAAUGGUGGCUACGACUGCUCCAUCGUCUUUAUCUCAAGUCAAUGUGACAGAAGCAAAUGCCACGAGUUGUGUGGGAGUGAAUUGUUCAAUGGUGGCUACGACUGCUCCAUCGCCUUUAUCUCAAGUCAAUGUGACUGACGUGAAUGACACAAGGUGUAUUGGAAUGAAUUGCUCAACGAUGUUUCCAAUGCUAACAACGGGUACAAAUUCGAUGCUGAAAACACAAGCACCUCCCAAGUCAAAGACAAUUACUCUUAGAAACUGCAUUCCAACGUGUCCUUCUAGUCAUAACAUAUUGGAUAUGGAAGGAUAUUGUGUGUCCAGCUGUUCUCCUGGCACAUUUAACGACAAUAAUGAAUGUAGACAUUGCAGUCCAUUUUGUGAUGAGUCACUGGGAUGUAUGAACGACCAACCAGAUAGUUGUGAUGCAUGCAAAUAUUUCACACUGAUUUAUCUUGAUGGCAUAACUGACUGUGUUGAUAAAUGUCCUGAUCGGUUUAAUGUCAUGAUUGUUAAUCAGUCUUGUGUCGAAUUCAAUGCAACUGUACCGCCAACUAAUGAUACAAGCACACCAGAACCACCCAAGGAGGAGAAAGCCUCUAUUAUUGGUCAAGCAGUUGGAGGCGCUGUCGGUGGUCUUGUGUUUAUAGCUUUAUUGCUGAUUGGUAUUUACCUGCUGCAUUCACAUAUGACCACACCCAAAGGUGGUGUCAUGGCUCAUAUGGUGGAACUGGGACAGUUAUCUGAUGGAUAUAUGAUGGAUGAUGCCAAACAGGCAGUGAUGACACUGGCAACGAUCGAAAUCAAGAAUCUGGACAUUGGAGAUAAACUAGGCAUAGGUUGUUAUGGCACUGCUUACAAGGGUUAUUGGUCACCUCCCGACCAAAAGGUAAAAAUACCAGUUGCCAUAAAGAUUCUUAGUGAGUCGCUGUCAUUGAGGCAAGAGAAAGAGCUAAUGCAGGAGGCAGUGAAGAUGGCUGCUGUGUGUGAUCCUAACGUGCUUCGUCUGUUAGGCAUAUGUAUGUCUGAUGGUGUAUAUCUAGUUACACACUUUUGUCCGUUUGGGCCGUUGCUUGGUUUUCUACGUCGUCAGAAGAGAAUGCUUACUCCAAUGGCACUGAUAACUUAUAGUGUACAAAUAGCAAAGGCAAUGGAGUACUUGGAAACGAAAGCUCUGGUGCAUGGAAAUUUAGCUUGUCGCAACAUUCUAGUUCAGAAACCCAAUCAAGUUCGUGUUACAGACUAUGGUUUGACCAAUUUAGUUGACAAGACAGCAGAAGGGUUGCCACUUGCUUGGAUGGCACCAGAGUCUAUCGAAAUGAACAUAUUCACCCAUCAGAGUGACGUCUGGAGCUUUGGUGUAACGCUUUGGGAGCUCAUGACAUUUGGAGGUGUACCGUAUCGUAAAUGGAUUGGCCAAGAUCUGCUCGCUGUCUUACAGAAAGGAGAGAGGCUACGGCAGCCGAAGACUGUCACCAUCGAAGUCUACGCUGUGAUGCUGCAAUGCUGGAUUAUCGAGGACUCGUCUCGCCCUUGCUUCGAAGACAUGGUGAAAGAACUGGAUGCUUUGAGAAAGGACCCUGCUCGAUACAUUCUCACUGCAUUUGCUGAUGAGGCUGUCCCUGCUGACAGGGGGACAACAAUGAAGAGCACCUAUGCUGACACUCUUGCUGCAGGUGGAGAUUACGAUCUCGAGUUUGACCCGGAUGUUCAAAGAGCUUUGUAUGAGGAUCCGGAUGCGUAUGAAGGUUUUCUCGAGUAUGAAGAUCCCGACAAUCUCAAGAUGCCUAAUUGUGAUGGUUCUAAACACAUGAAUGGGGAUGUGCAUGGCAGUAAGGAAUCAGUUGCUGGUUACGAAAAUCCAGCAGGUGCUGACUCAGUGAAUGACUCUGAUGGGCCAGUAGUAACAAGUGCACCAUAUGAGACUCUCCGAGCAGAUCAGAGAGAGAGAUCGCAAGACUAUGAGAGUCCGAAGCGUUUGCAUAAGACUGUUGAGGAAGAUGAUCUGGGUGAUGGUUAUGAUCACCCACAACUAACAGGUCUUUCAUCUGCUAUGUCAGGAAAUUCGGGAACUUUGAGUGUAAACCGUUCUGGCGGUGAAGUACAGCAUGAGAAUGAAAGGAACUUGUUUGAUGAGGCUGGUUAUGAGUCUGUUGGUCCAGCAUUGGAGGUCCUGUCACGGAUAGGCAGCAAACAAGAACAGAAUCAGUUUGAGAAAGACACAGAGCCACUACGAGAAGCCACUCCUGGGUAUGAAGAUCCCUCUACCCUGUCUAAAGACACAGAAGAGCAAGCACUAGUGAUUUCUAAUGAUGGUGCUGGAAAGUAUAGUACAAUGGCGGCAAGUGGUCAAGGAGUUGUCAGCCAACCACAGGUGAUGACCAAUGGCAGUGUCGCUGAAGUAGAUGACAUGGGAACCGAUCAGUAUGAAGAUCCGACAAACCUGAUAUGAGCACGCAGGACGGCAACAAUCAGUGACUGUUUGUCCAGGUUAUUCAAUCUAACUGUAUGUACAGUGCGUACACGUUGAUGUUUAUGUAUCGCUGAGCAACAGAAGCGCUGGAUUAAUUUUACGUAAUUCUUCUACAUUUUAGCAAUUCUUUAUGUGUGUAAGUAUACACCAUUAUAAAGUACAGAAAGUCACAAAGUAUGUAUGUAAGUAUACACCAUUGUAAAGUACACAAAGUCAGAAAGUACUUUUGUAGG